ACCUCUUGUUAACGAUGAAGAGUUUGCUAAAACUCAAGCUGCAAUUGAAGAAUUUAAAAAACCUGGUGGUAUAGGAGAAGAAUUGCAAAAACGUUUGUUGACAAAGGCUAAUGAUCCUAAUGUUAUCAAUUGGUUGGAAGAUUGGUGGAAUGAAAUUGCUUAUUUCGGUUAUCGUGAUCCAGUAGUUGUUUAUGUGAGCUAUUUUUUUUCAUAUAAAGAUGACAAACUCAGAAAAAACCCAGCCACUCGAGCUUCUUGGAUUGCAAAGUCUGCUUUGGAGUUCAAAAGACUUGUUGUAACACAACAAUUAGAACCAGAUUAUGCAAAAACUACUCCUCUUUCUAUGGAUUCAUUUAAAUGGAUGUUUAAUGCUUGUCGAUAUCCUGCCAAACCAUCCGACUAUGAAUUAACAUUUGAUCCGACAACUAAUAACCAUAUGGUUGUCAUUCGAAAGAAUAAAUUUUUCAUUGUAGAUUUAGUUCAUAACGGCAAAGAAUUAUCUAUUGCUGAAAUUGAAAG